AGACCCUAAUUUCGAGUAGUAGAAGAAAGGAGGCUUAAGUACAUUCACGCCAGCCAAUAUCCUGGAACCCCGAUAGCGACUUGUUCGCACAUCAUGAAUGCGGUGGUCAUAGUGGGCAUCCUAAUUCUGUCUCUAAUUGUCCUGAUUGCAGUGUAUAUCGCUGCGCGGGUUCUCGAUAUCCGAUGGCGCCAGAAUAACGAAAGAGUUGUCCAACCAUCGCAACUGCGCCGACCUCCCAACGUAAGACACGCAAGGGCGCCAGGACUGACUGAUCAUCUACCCCCUUUGUUGCCGCCAAUCCCGUCUCAUCCCCCAUUGAUCCGUGGCUGGGAUCCCAACUCCCAAGCCAACUGCAUUGCGUCCCUGUUGCUCCUCAAGCAAGAAACUAUAUCGACCGCGUGUCCGAUCUGUUAUGAGGAGUACAGUGUUAUGAUGCCUGCGAUCAAGCCGGAGCCAUGCCAGCACUCACUAUGUUCCCUGUGUCACAUUCACAUCUUGGAAUAUGCUGAACGGAAGCAUGUAACCCCAUUAUGUCCUUAUUGCCGUGUACCUUAUUCCAGGGCACACAGUGUCAUCCCUGGACGCCCCGAAAGCAGCAGGGCAUCACCCCACCACAGUGCUUAGGGUUUCUCGAUGCAUCAUUACGGAUUGAUCCAUGAAUCUUUCUCCUGGAUUGGCGUCAUUAUGGCCUAGCUAUCGUGAGACGGCUUGUUGAGGUGUUUAU